AUGACGUCAACAAUUUCCAUGGGCCAGUAUCUAUUCAAGAGAGUAGCCGAGCUGGGCAUCGAACAUAUUUUCGGUGUACCGGGUGACUUUAACCUCACUCUCCUGGACGAGCUAUUCAAAGUCCAUGAACUUGACUGGCUGGGAGUAUGCAACGAGCUCAACGGCGCGUAUGCCGCAGACGGCUAUGCGAGAAUCAAAGGCGUGCCAGGUGUCUUGGUGACCACCUAUGCAGUAGGUGAGCUGUCUGCUAUGAAUGGUGUUGCUGGGGCAUAUGCAGAGCACGCGGGUAUGAUUCAUGUAGUUGGCAUGCCUGGAAGAGCAGUUCAAGAAGCAAGACUCAUGCUACAUCAUACCAUGGAACCGGGCAUGGAUCAGACGGUCUACGUAGGCAUGGCGGAGCCUAUACGCAAAACCCACACUAUUCUCACGGAUGAGAAGACUAUGGCUCAGGAAAUCGACCGUGUUAUUGAAGCUGGAGUUAAGAGCAAACUUCCGGUUUACAUCUAUGUUCCCAUGGAUGUAGUUGGUAUUCCGCUAGAUGCGAGUCGCUUGGAGAAGCCUUUAAACACCAAGGUCGUAAACAGCAAUUCGCAGAUGGAAGAUGAGGUGGUGCAGUCUACUUUGGAAUUGAUUAGAAAAUCCUCAAAACCGAGUAUUCUGGCUGAUGUAUUGACGAUUCGACAUGGUGGUCGAGAACUAGCUAGGAGACUUGCGAAUGCGACGCAAUUUCCAACCUACUCGACUCCUCUUUCAAAAGGAGUGUUUGAUGAGACUGACUCGAAGUAUAAUGGAGUUUAUAACGGCGAAGUUUCCUUCCCUGGCUGUGCCGACUCCCUCGAGAGCUCAGAUCUAGUCUUAAACGUUGGAUUCCUCCUAUCAGACUCCAACACUGGUGGUUUCACACGGAAGAUCCCCAACGGAAACUUAGUAUUACUAGGUCACGACUACUGCCAAAUCCACGACAAAAAGUUCGACGGUAUCCAUUUCCUACCAGUGCUAAAGCGCAUCGUAGAAGAAAUCGAGAAAGAUCUAAAACAGUACGGUCUUCCCAAAUCCGACACCCGUGCAAAAGUAGAAACACCAGUCCUAAGCACCUCAACAUCAGGCCCAAUAACGCAAUCCUACAUCUGGCAACGCAUCGGGCGCUUCCUCCUUCCCAACGACAUAAUCCUCACCGAAUCCGGCACCGCGCAAUUUGGGCUAACGGACGCCGUCUUCCCAGCAUCGACGCAACUCAUCACGCAAACAUUCUGGUCGUCCAUCGGCUACACAGUAGGUGCCUGUCUCGGUGCUCUUGUGGCCUCCAAAGAAGCACAAAAACAAAAACAAAAACGCUCUUCCUCUUCAACUUCAACUUCAGACUCCCCCAGCAGCAGAGUCAUACUUAUCGUCGGCGACGGCUCGCUGCAAAUGACAGUUCAGGAAAUAGGCAGCUAUAUCCGCUUCAACUUCACCCCAAUCAUUUUCGUGAUAAACAAUGACGGGUAUGCGAUCGAGCGCGCCAUUCACGGGCCGGGGAUGGGGUAUAACGAUAUCAGCAUGUUGUGGGACCAUCAGGCGAUGUUAGGGUUUCUUGGGGCGAGAGAGGGGACUGGGAUCAAGGGACGCAGUUUUGCUUGCAGGGAUGUGGAGGAGCUGGAGCGGGUGCUGGGGGAGGAGGAGUUUGCGGGGGCGGGGUGUAUACAGAUGUGCGAGAUUUUCAUAGCCAAGUUAGAUUAUCCGUGGCGGCUAUCUGCGCAGAUUGCGGUUUCGAGGCAGAAGAUGGCGCAGGCUAUGGCUUUGCAGGCUUAG